UGUAACGCAGCUCAUAUACCACCCAUGUGAAGUGACUUCAUGGAUAAUAUCUGUUCAAAAUCUUAAAUCAUGGAAAAUAUCACGGAUGGGAAAUGGGAAAGUUUACCCGUGAAACUUCACGACAGCAUAUCACAGACUCUUAAAGAGCUGAAGUUUACAUACAUGACACCGGUCCAGUCCGCCUGCAUCCCUUUGUUCAUGAGAAAUAAAGAUGUUGCUGCUGAGGCUGUUACUGGGAGUGGAAAGACUCUUGCCUUUGUGAUUCCUGUUUUAGAAAUCCUUUUAAAGCGAGAAGAGAAGUUGAGAAAGAUGCAGGUCGGUGCUCUGAUCAUAACACCCACCCGUGAGCUCGCCCUGCAGAUUACUGAAGUGAUGGGGCGAUUUCUGGAGAAAUUCCCUCAGUUUAGACAGAUUCUUUUAAUCGGCGGCAGUAACCCCAUCGAAGAUGUCGAAAAGUUUAAAAACCAGGGAGCCAAUAUCGUGGUUGCCACUCCUGGCCGUUUGGAGGACAUGUUCAGGAGGAAGGCUGAUGGCCUGGAUCUGGCCACGGCCGUGAAGUCUCUGGAUGUGUUAGUGUUGGAUGAGGCGGAUAGAUUGUUGGACAUGGGCUUUGAAAUGAGUUUGAACACUAUUCUGGAGUAUUUGCCCAAGCAGCGACGCACUGGGCUUUUCUCUGCCACACAGACGCAAGAGCUGGAGAAGUUAGUGAGGGCUGGUCUGAGAAAUCCCGUUCGUGUCACAGUGAAGGAGAAAGGCGUUGCAGAAUCAAGUGUGCAGAAAACCCCAGCGAGGCUCAGUAACUAUUAUACAGUUUGUCGAGCGGAGGAGAAGUUCAACAAUCUGGUGGCGUUUCUCAGGCAGCACAAACACGAGAAGCUGCUUGUGUUUUUCAGCACCUGCGCAUGCGUGGAGUAUUUCGGGAAAGCCCUGGAGGUCUUAAUCAAGGGUGUCGCCGUCCGCUGCAUCCACGGCAAGAUGAAGGAGAAACGGAACAAGAUCUUCGCAGGUUUCCGGGAGCUGAAGAGCGGGAUUCUCGUGUGCACAGACGUCAUGGCGAGAGGCAUCGACAUCCCAGAAGUCAACUGGGUUCUGCAGUGCGACCCACCGAGCUGCGCAAGUUCGUUUGUGCAUCGGUGUGGGCGGACUGCUCGUAUUGGAAACCAUGGCAACGCACUUGUCUUCCUUCUACCAAUGGAAGAGUCGUACGUUAAUUUCCUCUCCAUCAACCAGAAGUGUCCUCUGCAGCAGUUUCCUCCAGUGAAAGAUGUGGUCGAUGUUCUGCCUAAACUGAAGACGUUGGCUUUAGGGGAUCGAGCGGUGUAUGAGAAAGGAAUGAAAGCUUUUGUUUCGUAUGUCCAAGCGUAUGCCAAACAUGAGUGUAGCCUGAUAUUUCGCAUGAAAGAUCUGGAUUUUGCUACGCUGGCUCGUGGCUUUGCUCUCCUCCGACUGCCCAAAAUGCCUGAGCUAAGAGGAAAAACCUUUCCUAACUUCACCGAGGAGAGCAUCGAUACAGACACCAUCCGAUUUAAAGACAAAAACAGAGAGAAACAGAGACAGAAGAUGUUAGCACAGCAAAAAAUCGACGAGAAAGACCAAGUGUUGAGGAAGAACUUUGUGAAGAAAAAUGCCUGGUCCAAACAGAAUGACAAAAAGGUCAAAAAGAAGAAGAUGGCUGCCAAAAGAAAACGAGAUGAGGGAUCCGAUGUUGACGACGAGGACAUCAAGGAACUUUUAAAGGACGCACGUUUGCUGAAGAAGCUGAAGAAGGGGAAAAUCAGUGAGGAAGAUUUUGAAAAACACAUGAACACAGCAGAAACCUCGAAACACAGGCGGGCGGCUGCCACUCAUGCGGACAGUCCUAAUGACGAUGGAGAAUGAGCUGCGAUCGGCUGUUAAGUUUGAACUGUUUCUGAAGACUUCAUACACGUGACAAACUUGGAAGAUAACCUGUAUCAGCAAUGUUAAUAUGUUUUCUAUAUACUGUACAAGGACAAUGUACUCUUCACAAAUAUCAGAUAUGUGCUUUAUAAAAUAAAAAAAUUAUCAUUUGUGGAAAUAAA